AGUUCUCGUCUUUUUAUGGAAACGCAGCUACGUUCACUAUCCCUGGACGCACUUUUCCUGUCGAUAUCAUGUUCAGCAAAGUGCCUUGUGAGGACUAUGUAGAUAGCGCUGUCAAGCAAGUGCUUGCAAUUCACCUUGGGCAGCCUGCUGGAGAUAUCCUUGUGUUCAUGACCGGACAAGAAGAUAUCGAAAUCACUUGUCAGGUCAUCAAUGAGCGGUUAGCACAGAUCGACAAUGCACCGCCAUUGUCCGUCCUACCUAUCUAUUCACAAAUGCCAGCAGAUCUGCAGGCCAAGAUUUUUGAACCUGGCGAGAACAAUGCCCGCAAGUGUGUUGUAGCGACUAAUAUCGGAGAGACUUCACUUACCAUUGAUGGUAUUUUAUAUGUGGUUGAUGCUGGAUAUGUAAAAUUGAAAGUCUUCAAUCCCAAGAUCGGUAUGGAUUCGCUUCAAAUUACACCUAUCUCACAAGCAAAUGCUAAUCAACGGUCAGGCCGCGCUGGACGUACGGGGCCAGGAACGUCAUGGCGAUUAUACACAGAGCAAGCAUUUGUAUAUGAGAUGUUUCAGAAUCCGAUUCCUGAAAUUCAGAGAACUAAUUUGGCGACGGUUGUCUUACAACUCAAGUCACUCAAUGUAAAGAAUCUGCUCGAGUUUGAUUUUAUGGACCCUCCACCACAGGACAACUUGCUCAAUUCAAUGUAUCAACUCUGGAUCCAAGGUGCACUUGAUAACACAGGAGAGCUCACACCUUUAGGAAAGAAGAUGGCAGUUUUCCCGACAGAACCUUCGUUGGCCAAAAUGUUAAUCGUGGCUGAAAAGAUGGGCUGUACGGCAGAAAUCGUCACGAUUGUGUCGAUGCUCUCUGUGCCCUCUGUUUUUUAUAGGCCCAAAGAACGAAUUGAAGAAUCCGACUCUGCACGUGAGAAGUUCUUUGUCCCAGAGAGUGACCAUCUGACGCUCCUGAACGUUUAUACACAAUGGCGGUCAAAUGGAUAUAGAGAUGAUUGGUGUGUAAAACACUUUGUGCAACCGAAGGCAAUGCGCAAAGCUCGUGAGGUCAGAUCGCAAUUGAUGGAUAUGAUGAAAACAGAGAAGAUGCCUUAUGUGUCGUGUAACACAGACUGGGAUAUCAUCCGGAAAUGUAUUUGCUCCGCUUAUUUCCAUCAAGCAGGACGGAUUAAGGCCUUGGGUGAGUAUGUCAAUUGCCGUACGGGUAUGCCUUGCCAUCUACAUCCAACGUCUGCCUUAUAUGGGCUGGGCUAUAACCCGGAUUACAUCGUGUACCAUGAGUUGGUGAUGACCUCGAAGGAGUAUAUGCAGUGCGUCACAUCCGUGGAUCCACAUUGGUUGGCAGAGUUGGGGCCAAUGUUCUAUUCUAUAAAGGAAAAGUCGUAUACGCAUCGAGAGAAGCGUGCAGCAACUAAGGCUGAGGAGGCAAGAAUGGCUCUCGAGAUGGAUUUGAAGGAGACGAGGGAGAAGGAAGAACGGGAGGCGGCUGCAGCGGCUGCAGCUGCUGAUACCCUGGCUGGAGGAUCAGCUGUAGAAGCAAGGUUCAGGAUCGCUACUCCAGGAUUCAGAGCGCCAGGAACACCUAUGCGGAAGCGAAGACUUGGCAUUUAGACAUACCUAUAGAAUUGGUUAUCAUUUGUUUAAGAGAAAAUAUAUGUUAUGUAAUAUGUAUAUUAAAUGAUUGAAUACUUGAACUUGUAAACAAACAAAC